ACCUGAAAACACAUCUGACACAUGCCGUCACAGCAGGGCGAUGUCGGGGCAUCCAACCUCAUGAAACCGUGCUGAAUGAGACAUAAGACUGUAGAUACGUUAUUAAAAUGUCGGAAGCGUCACACCGAGCAGAGGAAGCUCCUAACUGGAUCCUCGUGCACCCGGCAUAUCAGCAAAUGAAAAGUCUGGAGGUGGAGGACAGUGCACAGGUACACGCAGCUUUCCUCGUGUACAUGGAUCUUACUGAGGUGCGUCAGUGGAAAGAGGUGUCCUGUGUCAAGAGUCCUGAGCUGCAGGUGGUUCUGCUGGAAGGGAGGGAGAAGGAAGGAGCACCCAUCCAGACGGUUUUUCCACUGCCUACUCACCGACUUCUGAGCCAUCAAAGCAUACGUCACGUGCUGGACAGAGGCUUUCCCAUGCUGCUGUGUGCCGUAGCUUCUGACUCCACUCUGGUGUACCAGAGGAUGACUGAUGGGUUGGUGACACCGGACCCUCCUACUGGCCCUUUCCAGGAUUUGGGUCGCCGGCAGCACCGGAAGAGGCGGAAACAACAAUGAGACGGUUCCAGCUGCAAGGCUCCAGGCUCGGGCCCAGUUCCUCCAUUGGACCCUUUUUAGGUCCAAAGCUUAGAGAAGGAAGUGAUGUCAGAAACUGUGUCACAGACAUCAUAAUCCGGCAGGGAUGAGUUUUUUUGUAGGUGGACCCGGAAGUUAGCAUUGCAAGUGUUCACUCUGCAAAAAAGUGUGUGGGAUUUUUUAUAGCCGAAAAUUAACUCUAUGGCAAACAGAUGGAUAUGAUACCUACAUGUUUGGUUCGUGAGGAUGAUGUCCACAUAUUUAGUAAAUAAGCUAACGUGAGGCUAUAAACAAACAGUAGUGGUCACAUAAAUUCCCUUCUCCGCUAAGCUAAAGGCGGCUUGUGUUUGGUGUGAUGACGUUUAGCAGUCUCUUUUAGCCACUUAAUAGCCACCACCGUUUCUAAGACACUAAGAAAAUUGUCUCAUACCCGCACCACCAUAUAAGCCACACAACAUCUACCAAUAACAAGGUUAACAAUACUUUUUGUUCAAAUUUGUCAAUGUAACGUUAAGCAGCAAAAAACCUGAGCUAACCUUAUGAGUUUGCUAAUGUCAGCUAGCUAUGCUAAUGUCAUCAGCAAACCAAUGUUGAUGUCAGCUGAAAUAUUUUUAAAAAAAAUGUCCUGUUGUGCUAAAGUUAAAUUGAUUUGCAAAUUACAUUAGCCUAGCUAGAACUCUCCUAAGGUUAGCACAAGUUAUUUGUUGCUUUGUGUUGAUCUUUUUUUUUAAGCCAAAGUUGUACAAAAUGUCAAGGUUACCUUUCACACACUGAGUUUCCACCACUGGUACCAAUGCCGAGGUGAGCCUGGAGCUUUACAGGGGGAUGGUAUGAGAAGUACUGGCCAGCUGCAUGGAGAAGACACUUUGGUGUUUUUUACAAAUAAAGAACAGCAGAUUGGGA